CUUACAUUCAUUCUGAUCGCAAACACCUAGAACUCAAAAAUUCAAUCAGGACAGCAUCUAACAACAUGAUUUCUCAACUCCUACUCCUCAUCAUCACCAUCUUCAUGCCUCCCGUUGGCGUCUUCUUCAUCGCCGGGUGUGGAGCAGACCUUCUGAUCAACAUCUGCCUGACUGUGCUCGGCGUCAUCCCUGGCCACGUCCAUGCAUUCUACCUCGAAUACGUCUACUUCAAGAGAGAGGAACAGAGUGCCGUUGGCAACUACGACAACACCAGAGCUCCUGGCGUCUAUAGCGAUAACGUCCAGACUGGCGGUAGAGGCUAUGGCACGCUCCCUCCUCCUGCUGGCGCCCCUGUGAACUAGGAGGCUGGGCGCCCCUACUCGUACUUUCGAGCAAAGAACACCAACGAGUACCCCCAUCGCAGCUCAAGACACCAAGGCAUUGCCCCGAGGGACCAAACCGCAUCCAUACCUGCAUAUG